CUGCACAUUCCAGACUCCAUUGAUAAAAACAGGAAUUUUAAGGAGCAGAACACAGGAGCUGCUGGAAUACCACUGCCUCCAUCUGUUAGAAAGGAAUCUUCCUCUUAAAGUAAAGCGUCUGUAGGAAUCCUCAUAUCACUGCAGCAUCUGCUGUCACACGACUGCUUCAGACUUGAGGCUUGUGUUGUUUUCCACAGCCCCGGAUCAAAAGUACACCAAAGUUUCUGGGUCAUAUGAAUUCUGCCGUUUAAAUCCAGUUUGAUUCUCUCAUGCUCCACUUCAGCGUGAAGCUUUUAACAAGUCGAUGUUUUGGAGCAGCUCUGAAAUCCCGAAUGUGGCGUCACAUGGCCUCAGACUGAUGCCACGCCGCCCUCAUGGCGCACACACAGCGUAGAAACUGCUCCCAGUAAUGAGGACAAAUUGGAUUGUGCCUUUGACCCGACACGGCAUCGACGCUCACAUCGCUCAACAGUCCAUCGAUUGUUGUGAUUUUCUCCUGCAGCAGUUUGUGUGUUUGCAGGAGUUUGUUUGCAAGCACCAAUGUACAUCUGGCACUCUGGGAUUUUGAUAUUUUUAUGCCAAUUAAAAGAUUUCUAUCAACAAAACAUGUUCAGAUAGAGGGUGUGGGAUGUGGGGGAGAUAGUCCUAAACUGGAAAAUCCUCACAGGUUAUGAUCCAUCAAAACAUUUUCUUUUCCAUGACGUUCACAGCUAAGGGGCCCAGACAUGAAUGUCCAGACUACGUGACCGCCGGUCCAAACAGCUGCCACUUCGACAGCAGCCACACGUCCAUAUGGAAGAUCUACUGUAUGAACGUGACCGCCGUCACCGCCCACAGGAACUACACCUCCCAGGAGCACUGCCUGGACGUGGCAGAGAUCGUUCAGACCGAAGCUCCUGUCAACCUGACCUACACGCUGACCGACGCCGGCGGGGAUGAAAUGGGCCACAACGCGCUGCUGUCCUGGACGUACCCGGUGCCCUCUGACCUGCAGUACGGCUGGAUCACGCUGGUGUACGAGCUGCAGUACCAACGCGUCACCGAGUCCGACAACUGGAAGGUGAAACACCCUCUGCGUGAGCCUCACGUGGAGCUGCUCGGCCUCCCCGUCGGCGACUACGUGAUCAGAGUUCGCUGCCGGUCGCACAACUACGGCCUGUGGAGCAAGUGGAGCUCCACGCUACUGAUGAGCAUCCCUGCCCGACCUCCAGCAGGUAAACUGCUGGUGCUGAUCCUGGUGACGGGUGUCGGUGUCGUGGCUCUGCUGGUGAUCGCCUUCGGUGUAAUUCCACAGAGCAAAAGAAUAAAAGAGUACUUCCUGCCGCCGAUUCCCAAGCCGCGGAUCAUCGGCAUUGACCCGCUGCUCCUGAAGAAGGGGAACCUGGAUGAAAUCAACCGUCACUUCACUAACUUCCACAGCUACAGACCUCCGAGCUACACCGAGGAGGUCUGGGACCAGGUCAGCGCAGACGACGUCUAUAUCACCACACCGAAGGACUGCGGCGUCCCGGCCGACCCCACAGACCGGGAGAAGGACGCCUUGAUGGUCCCGUGUGACCUGACGCCUGUGGCCGCCCAACAUCAGCUCAUAACCCAGAACCCGGCGUCAUACGUACAGAGCCCGUUGCCCUACUGCUCCUCGCCUCCUGAGGCCUUCGCCUCGCUGCCGGACGUGCCCUCCCUGUGGCUGAGACCUGAGAUCAUGUCACUGCCGGGGACGGACUACAGCAUGAUGGGACAUCCCAACUCUGUCCCCGCCCCCAACACCACUGCCGUCACCGCCACCCGCUCGCCACAGGAUUUCUACACCUGCGUCCAGCUCAUGAAUGAAAGUGGCGAGGUGCACCUGGUGCCGUGCUUGCCCCCGCCGUACUGCCGGGAGUUCCCGCCUCCACCGAGGGUCGAUUUAGACACGGCCGAGAAAGAGGAGAAGAAGAAGAAACUCGCCGACUACCAGGCCAGGAAGAAUCUGAUGAACGAGCCGAAAGAUGGCGGCGAGGCCGAGAGGAGCGAGGCGGCCGUGCCUCUGCUGCCCGUCACUGUUGACAACAGGGGCUGAACGACAGGAAGCACAUCCACGAAAACACAGAUACUUUAUAAACUGCUGAAUGUGCUGCAAUAUGGAAACUGCUGCAGAAGAUGAGGCUCGAAAGAAAGAAAGACAGAGACAGACCUUUUUAUCUAAAUGUCCAGAACUCACAUUGAAAACAAUUCAACAGACAGAUGUUGUUUCUGAGGGCAAAAAGAAAACAUUGCAAACUCUACAAACUCUUAAAAAACACCACUUCUGGUACAAUAACACGCGUUGUGUGUCGGUGACCAACAUGUUUUCCUCUGGACCUCAGCUCGUCUGUUUUGUGGUCGCCUGUUCAGAAGCAGUCUCUCACUGUGGGACCAAACCUGCUGCAGUUAAAGCUGCAGCUGAUUUUAACGUCAAAGUCCAGUUUCAGAGCAAACAUCUAAAUUAUCAAACUUGAAGAGAGUGUGACGUUGCCUCGUGCAGCUUUAGGUUAAAUACACAAGAGUAAAAACAGCAACAUAAUGACCACAUUACCACAUGCUGCUUCUCCCAAACCGCGGUUGUCUCCGCAAAAAGCUUCACAUUCAGGGUUGUAUGUCUUGCUCAGGAAAAAGAAGAAAAAAAAACGUGCAAUGCCGUUGAUUCAGGCCUGGAGGAGAGAGAUUAACCACUGGGUACAUUCAGCAUUCAGAGCCUCUGUUAGUGUGUUUACAUUCAUUAAUGUUCCAAACCUGUUAGCCUUACCUCAUCACUGUAUACGGCGUUUCACACGAGACAAUAAGCUUCUUUGGUUUAAACUUCAUAGACGUACCUUUAGUUUUCCUGCUGACGCUGAUCAUAGAAACUGUGUUGGUUUUAUAUCCUGUUAAUAUUCCAGCUCGCUUCCUACUCGAUGUUCAUAUUCAGGAUAUGGGGAUGUAUUCUCUUAUUAAGCUCACACGUGUCAGCUCACUGAGGGAAUAUUUGAUUAUCCUGAACAUGAAUGGAAUAUUAAUCUGCACAAGCCCCUCUCAUCAUCUUCCUCGAGUCUCUCUCUGUUCUCUCCUUUGCUUCGUCCGUCAGUAUUCAGCCCGACUGCAGCGACCUGUGUGGUGUUCUCAGAGGGUUUUCAGUUCAUCGUCCCGUGUGGCGAUGCUCAGAUUUAUUCCAAAAAAUACAGCUUGUUUAAAGAGGUCAGGAGUCAACGAGAGUAACGCUCGCACCCUCAGGAAGAUGUAAGCUGUGAAUUUAAGCUCCCAUUGUGGAAAAACCUGUGGAUUUCUUCUCAGGAGGUUUAACACGCUUCUCUAUCACUCUGCACAUGUCAAUCACUGUGUUGUUUUCUGACCUCUCCAAACUGGACAUGUAUUUAUUUUCCAGAGAAUAGACAAAGAGUUUGGAUCCAAAACAAGGUAUCAGAGUUAACGUCCCCUCUCUCACCAGUACUUUAAGAGUCUAUUUUUAUACAGUGGAUUGCUGUAGUCCUGUCUGACAGAUGUAACACUAUUAAAAGAGUAUUUUGUAUAUUUUAGAGAUGCUGAAUGACCGAGCUCAGGUAGUGUAACACAGGAAAAAGAACUGCAGAAAUUUGGCCGACAAACCCAAAGUUUGUGAAGGAUAACAGCAGCAAAGUAUUAAGUUUAAAAACAGUUAGCAUGUCCUGCUCCUGUGGCAGGAAGCAGACUAUGACCGCAGGCUUUGUGCCCCGUCUUCAAGUCUGGCGAGAUAUAAACCUUUGCAUCUUGUGCAGUCAGACGACACAUUGUCAUUUCAAACAUAUUGAACACUCAACCAUGAACCAUCACUCAUGGACCAGAUCUCAAGAUACAUGACCUGCUUCUAAUCUGAAGGAGGGAAUCCACCAUUUUUGAUCUUCUGAUCCUGAUCCCAUCUACCUCAUAUUCGACUGCAGACUGCCCCAACAGACACUGGUGGCCACAGCCUGAUAUUGAGGUCUCUUUGUUUGCUUGUUGUCUUCACCUUCUACAUCUAAACCCGACAUUUUCCCAGCUUCACGCUGGAAAAAGAGUGCCAAACACACCAAAAGUACAAAACAGACGGGUGAGUCAGGUACUUGGUUUUCAUCAGCUGCUGAGCAUCACAAUGAUUUUAGACUCAAUGAGCCUUGACAGAUGAGAAAUACUAUAACCACAGAGUUGAGAUGGGUUCUGGAUGGUAGUAAUACUUUAUCAUAUUUACUCUCUUCUUGAAAUGGCUGUCAUUCUUUGUCAUUGUGGUCUGAUGUGGUUUGAAGCUGUACCAUGUGAACUGUGAUGAUUAUGCUGCUCAGAGGUGGAUUAAGGUGCUGAUCAGGGAUCGGUCAAAAGCAAUACUGACCCUGAUUGACUUGACAGACGUGGACCACACACUAUAAAACACCUGUCAUUGUAUGUAACUGCCCACAGCACUUCCUCCCUGUCACCCUCCUCACCUCUGAUAUUGGGAACUCAGCCAGCAGUGAUGUUGUGCCGUCACUGUAUUUCUCUCGUCAUCGUUGCAGUUAGAUGUCGUGCUGUAAUCUAUUUUUGUGCCUGUAUGUGCCUUUUUUUUCACAGAGCAGUGUUUCUUUGCUAUUCCUCUGUUGUGUUGAAAUCUCAGCAGACGGCUUGACCAGCCAACGUGCCACUCCCACACGCCUGGAAAUGUUUUCAUGUGAGGAAAAUGGUUGAUGAGUCAAGAACUA